GGUCGAGCCACGGAACGCCAUUACUUGUUGCGCUGAGCGGGAGUACCAGCGUGGCGCUCAUGCGGCCUUCUCUGUGGCAGAAAGCAGCAUCGCCUCCCUUCUCACUGGUGUCUCGCACAAACCGUGAUGCUGGUGGAGCGGUAGUGCAAAACUUGAUCAUUGAGGUCAGCGAUCUCAAACGACGCCAGCAAAAUGCGGUGGAGCUGAAGACGUGCAUUGCGGCGCGUUAUGCGUUGUCUGUCAGCGGUGUGUCGUGCAGGCUUCGUCGUCACGGGCCCUCUGCCGUUUCGUCUCUGUUGUUCGCUACGAGGUCACACAAGGGUGGUCUCAGCAGCAGUCGUGGACACACUUCUUUGAGCACAUCCCUAAGGUCGUGGUGCUUCCCGGCAACGGCACUGCGUGCGCCUUCGCCGUCGCCACCCUCACCAACAACCCGCCCGUCAUCCGUGCGUUCUUCCUCCUCCACCACCCUUUCAACGACGAAUAACAGCAGAGAUGAUUUGAAGGAAGUGGUGUGUGCGUGCAUUCCGCGUGCGCCGCUCUGCGCGAAAGUGACAGCGGUGCAAUAUCUCGUCCUUCAGUACGAAUCCGCUCACCCAAUCUGGGGGCCUCUCAGUCAUGUUGACCGGCAGAAAAGUGGCGAUGAGGAGCCAACUCAAAGGCAACCGCUGCAGCAGCAGCAGCGCGGUUUAAAUGAAACCGCAUGGAGCAGAAGUCGCUCACCGGAAGCGUCGUCUGCGCACGUGAGUGAGCCCCGUUACGCCCUUAGCAACGAGGGGCGCCUUCGCUGUAUUCGCGCUUCGUACGGCUCCUUCAGAGAAAUGCUCAUCUCCAUGGCGCAGGAGCGUCUCGGCAGCGACAAGUUAGCGCGCGAGCACCGCGCCACAGCGGCGGGCAGCCGCAACGCAGCCGCGGCGGAGGAGGAGGUGUACCGCGGCGGUGGUCGCUACGGCAUUUACCUCUCCGUCGACCUUGUCUUCGUCACGAUCGCGUCGUCGGCGCUGGAGGCGGGACGGGCGUUCCGUAACGCCUACGUGCCGCUUUCAGAGCAGGACUUGGUGUACAUGCGAAAUGCGCUGCCGGCGAUGGACAAGGAAACAAGCCGUCAGCAGCUACCGCAACGCUCCGCGACGGAAACGCAGCCGUUGUCGGUAGAGUCAACCGUGAACGUCACCGGUGAUAACGACACGGAGGAUCUGGACGAGGAGAACGUUGUUGACCCCGCUAUUUACUGCUACCCGUUCUUUCCCGGCUGGGGAGUCCAUCUCACUGAGCGAGCACGCGCGGCACAGACGGAAAGCAAAGUCCUCUCGCAGACACUGCAGCUGCGCAGCGCUAAAAACGGAGACACACUUAUCGAGACGUACAUCCCGUACUUCGGCGACGACUUCAUUCCGCCGCCGCCGCCGACGGAGUUCGUGGCCGGCCCCGCACAAGGUAGUUGCAGUAGCAGUAGCAGUAAUAGCCGUAACCCGUCAACGUCAUCGCCGUCAGCGGGAAAGGAUGCGGCGCCGACUGGGGUGCCGGCCGUCGAGCCGUCCACCAGCACCUUCACACCACAGCAAAUUGAGGCGCUGCUCCCGACUUACUUCGUACCGAUGGACGCGUUUCUGGCGCAGCUGCCGGCCGGUUACACGGCCGACCACGUGCGCGCCGUCUUCAGCGAGACGAAGGCGGUGGAGACGGUGCAGCUGGGCGGCAACACGUUCAUACGCUUUCACGGUGGCCGGGACGGAGAGGGCUUCUCCAAAACCAUGCUCCACGAUCAGCAGCGGCGACUUGAUUUUGUGGAGCCGUACGAUGCAGCCACGGCGAGCAGCGCACUCGAGAAACAUCGCCCAAGUAGCAGCACGAGGGGAGAAGAGGAAGAAGCGCAGCUGCGUCGCGGCAUCGCCGCCUUUAAGCCCGAUCCGUUCCUCCUCUACGCCUUUCUCCCGCUCUUUACGCGGCCCUUUCAGUGGCUGCCGCUUUACGACGUCGUGCAGCACGCACCGGCCGCGGUGCAGAACAAACUCUUGCCACUGCGAGCGCAGCUCACGCUUCUCUACUUUGCUCAGCAGCAGCAGCGGGUGCAGUUCACGCCGCAGAAUGGGGGCGGCGUCGCGCUGUGCGGCCCCCCGACCCGGUCGCUGCGUCCGGAGACGACCCCGCUGCCCCGUGUGCUGGCGGAGCUGUGUGUCUUGAUCAGCAACCGCGGAGUGGUGUACGUGGAAGAGCUGGAGAACGACGCGGGGCAGUUACUGAGCGAUUACGCGAAGCGGCACAUCAUCGCGUACUUCGGCACGUUGCGCCGUUUUUUGUUUCAACACGAAGCAUCGUUCCGCCUUUCGGUAUUUACCUCUCCGACGACGUUGUAUGAGGCGGGCGCCGCCACAGGAGAAAAGGAGGCAGGGACGGGGAGUGAGCAACGCGCACUGGGUGCGCAGGGCCCUGCGAGUCUGCCCACUUCCUCCCCCGCACAAACUUCUCCUUCGCCUGCCGCAGCAGCGACAGCAGACAACACACCAAGAGACGGCAAGGAGGCAAAUGACAGGCACCACACGACUGAAACGGCGUUGCCGCCGCGACCCGGUGCCGGAUUCAUCACCAACGCGCCCCCACAGUUCCUGCACUUUAGCGCCAGCAAUUUCCCACCACACGAGGGCGGCAGCAGCGACGCCGCCGCCUCUCCCUCCGACUCCGCCGCAGACGCGCUGCGGCAGGGUGUGGUGCACACGCCAAAUAUCUCGCGUGACGAGGCGCAGCUCGACGUGGAGGGCUUUCCUCGCUGGCUCGCCUCGCGUGACCUCGCGGUGCAGCUGGAGAAGGAGGCGAAGCUGCACGACCGCCAUAUGGAGUCGUUGACAGAGCAACUGGAGGUGGUCGAGAGGUCCAAUUCACGCAAGGGGCGCAAACUGCGCCGUCGUCUCGCCGCCAUCGUGAAUCCAAACUCCCCAUUUAGCGACCCUGCUGUGUUGCUGGACGCCAUCCUGCGCUACCUCCCACCCACCCGUCAUGUCUCCCUGAAGGCGCUUCUCGCAGCACUGCCGACGUCUAUGAGCGAUUUCCUGCCGAACGACCCGGUCCGCCUUUUCCGCAACAGCCCCGACAAGGUGCAGCUCUUUGAGUACCGCCGCAAGAACCACCUACGGGUGAUGCGACCGGGCCUGCCGCUGCCCGACGGCCGACUCCGCGCCUCCUACACGGAGGAGGAGCUGCUGCAUCUCAUUGCCGCGCAGCUGCCUCCGGGCCAGGGGAUGUACUCCAACGCCCUGUACGGCAAUCUGCCCUACGGCGCGCGGGAGGCCAUCCGCCUGCGUCACCACCACCUCGUUACCCUCGUGGAACGCUACCCACAGUAUUUUGUGGUUGUGUUCUCAGACGCCGCGAAGGAGGCGAAGCACCGGGCGCGCGUCUCGCUGCUGCGGCCGCCGCCCGCGCCGAGAGACUGGUCAGCGAACGACGUCGCGUUUGAGUCUGCGCUGACGGCCGAGGAGUUGGAGUCGGUGGAGAAGGCGGACCGGGCGGUGCUGCUCGCAGAGCUGCCUCCUGAGUUGCUGCGGGACACGCCCGCCUCCCGAAGCGCCGCGCAGGGGAGAGAGCCGGAGAGCGAGGAACAGAAUUAG